UGACACCUCAAAGCAACAAGACUGCCCCAUUCGAACUCGUCCUAUCUUAACAGUAAAAAUCAUCAUUCACUACAGUGAAAAUUUAGUUUCGGGAGCGGUUCAGAGCAGUCCAGAUGUCGGAAGAUGCUACAGGAGGAGUCGGGGCGGGCGGCCAAAAUGUCCCUGCUGGUCAAGGCAAGGGAGCCCAGGACCGCCUCAAGAUGUUUGCGCCUCCCGAUCCCAUGCCGGAAUCCGAAAAGGCAAGAACCAUCCAAGAAUACGAAGACAGCUUCGCCGACGUCAUACACGAGUGCGACGAUACCCCAACGGAUGCAAAGCGAGUGCACUUCCUCGACCCCGAGAAAGGCCGCGACCUGAACCCUGAGGAACGCGCCACCGCUCGCGUUCGAGCUAUAGAAACCUCCAUAGGCCAGCGACUCUCCGAAGAAGACGUGGGAAGCAUCUUGGAUUACGCGAUGACAAACGACGGCAUGGUCGAAAGACUGCGGGAGUGGGCGCAGGGCCGUGACGAAGUCCCCACUGUCUUCUUGAACCAGCUCCUUGAACGCCUCCAGACGGUGACCUACGACGCAGUAAUCGAAGAGGCACGUCUUCGCGACGUGAUGCGCCGCGACCACGACCAGAUGCAGACUCGUCUGGACCAGUGCGAGGAAACCUGCGCCAAGGAGCGCGAAGAUGUCAAGGUGGCAGCGCGGACGCAGCUGACAACCGUACACAUCAAGAACAUCGUGACGCGCAUGAACAGCGUGGCGAGGGCACAAGACAGCAUCAUGCGGGACGAGAGUCCAGCCCCGGGCGAGGACGAAGCUUCCGCCAAGAUGGCCAACGAGAAGGCUGCGGCGGAGUGGAAGGAGGCCUAUGACGAGGUGGUGCGCGCCGUCACCGAGCGUCAAAGAUCCGAUGACGCCGUCGACGGAGCGACAGAAGACGAAACGCUGGCGAAACUAAACGUCCUAAGGGAUGCAGAUGAGCAGCUAGAGAUUGCGAUCGACAAACUCCGGGACCUCGCGCGAACCAGACACCGCGACUACCUACUGCAAGCUCGCGGUAGGGGCAGUCCGAAACAGCACCAACUCGAACAAAAACACGCCCAACUCCUACAGGACCAGCAAUCCCUAAAAGAACUAUGGCAGUCACUGGUUACACUGGCCUCCCAAAGAGAGUCCACUCGGGCGGAGCGGCGGGAGAUGAAAAGACAGCAGUCGAGACCUACGGAGACACAGGUCCAGAGCUUCGUCCAGUCCAGGAAGUUGGUGGAAACGAAAAGGGAAUGUGCGCGCCUGAAGCGCCAGCUUUCUGAACGGGAGCUCCAGGUGGCAAUGCUCGAGAAAACGAUCGGCGGAUUCAGAAACGACGAUAUCGAAGCUGCGGUCAAGAGCGUGCGGAUAUACAGGGGCCUCGUCGAAGCCGAACUGCGGAACCGGUGGUACGACAAGGCCGGUCGUCUCGACUCUCACUUCAAGACGGCGGGGAGGCUCAAUAGGUCCUUUGAGGGAAUUCGACAAACUCUCGACGCGCUCGACCCAGACAGUGGUAUCGAACACGAUCUGAAAGAACUCCAAACCAAGACAGCACGAAUCUCGACCGGUCUUGUAGGAGUCACGUCGGGCAUCGGCCAGCUCGUGGCCGAAUUCCAGGACCUGGGACAUCUGAUCCACGACGAUGGCCGAAAGCUGUGGAACGAGGCCGACAGCAGGGCCACGACGGCAGUGAAGGAUCGUCAAAUUGCGGAGCUGGAGCGCAAGGUAGAGAGGCUGGAGGCCAGAGGACUCGGCAUAUCAGACAGCGAGGGCAUCAGGAAGGUGCUUGAAUCCGAAUCUGGGCAGAGGGAGCGCAGCAACCAACUUGCGGAUAGGUACGAGAAAACGAUGCUGGAGCUUCAGAAUAAGCAACAGCAACUUGAGGCGGAGCAGCGCGACAAGGAGAGUUUAGAGGAACAUGUUCACUCGCUGCAGGCGAUGCUCGGCCAACCGUCCGAGCUCACGGAGGAACUCGAGCGACACAGGAGGCGUUGCCUCGACGAGGAGCAGAGAGCCAACGACGCCGAGGACCGGGUGGAGGGGCUAAAGAAAACGCUGGAGGAACUCAGCACGCAACUUCUGGAGCUGCGUGCGGCCAAGGCUGCGAUGACAGGUGGGGAGGAGAUCCGAUACGGCCAGGCCCUCGAAGUACCCGCAGCAGACGUGGAGCUCAUAAAGGAGCUCCAGAAUAAAGACAAACAGAUACGAAUGAUGACGAACAACCAGGCCGAAAGCGAGAAAACAUUGCGGGAGAAGUUGAGAGUCUUGCAGGAGGAGAUCCGUCGGCUGAUGAAAGCAAACAAGAUGGGGAAGGAACGAGAGAGCAAACUGGAAGCGGAACUGGCGGACUGUGAAGACGAGCUCUCCGAGCUCAAAGUGAAGGCGUUGUCGUGGCACACGGCAGCACCGGCUGACGUCGACGAGGUGACACUUAAACAACGGGUUCACGAGGAAUUCGGCAUCAACUUGGACGAGGCGGUCGAGAAUUUGGAGGACGCCAAAGCGAGAUGGAAGGAGUUGUACUCGGAAUGGGAAAGCUGCUGCCAGGAGCGAGACGGUCUGCAAGAGGAGCUGGUGGAAGUCAAAGAGGCGCUGGCGCGGCAAGAGAAGCUUUGCACGGAUCUGCUCGGAGGAAACGGCGGGCUCCGGCGCGAGCUCAUGGAGACAGACCGCAGCAGGGACCGACUCCGGUCUCUCGAAACGGACGAACUCGAGCGGUACAAACGAAUUGUAGCGGCAACCAAGGACCACGUGGACCGGAUCCUGGACAGGAGAGCUCGGGGCGAGGAUGGUAUUGAAGGUAUAUGGCGGCCUGGAGAGCGGAAGACAGUUCCCGACGUGCUGGAGAUAUUCUCACAGCAGAAGUCCACAGAGGCCUAUGAGGACGAUGAGGGGAAUGUCCGGCAACUCAGCACGAACGAGAUGAACGCUUACUGGAAGUUGCUGCGGUUCCUGGAGUUGCGGCGGUACGUAACUUGGGCGCUCGAGCAGCGAGACUUCGGCAGGAUGAGAUCGCAACUCGACAGGCUCGAGCGGUGGUUCACAGAUUCGGGGAACUGGCACGAGUACUAUACCAGGUCGAGCAUCGAAGUCUGUCUCGCGUAUCUCUGGGCGACCCUUCAUGUCCUAGAGGCGCAAGAAAUGUACCUGCAGAGACUACCGGACUGGGACCGUUCGGCGGACAUGGCGAGGGACAGGUUGAAAGAGGGGGAGGAGCUGGAAGAACAAGAUGCAGCGGAGAUGGGAACGCAGAACAACGCAGAACCGCUUGUUGUCUCUCUCAAGGGCUGGCUCGACGAACAGCUGAAGACCGUCUUCAACAAGAGGCACGAGUUUUUGUUGCCGUCGAAGCCCAGCUGCGCUUGCAGGGUCCGACCUGCAUUCUGUCGUAUGCACCGGGAUCCGAGUGCGAGAAAGAACACUCGAUUCUACCAUCUCGCCCAGGUGAAAGGCGCGAGAGCCGAUCUGCUGUUUCAGGAACCAGUCGCGAAAGAUCUGGAGCCGUUCAAUGCUGCGAUCUAACCUUCAUGCGAAAGGGGUUCGGAUGUUCCGUCCCGCCUCAGCUUUUUGUUUUCUUUUGUUCGUUCGUUUCCCCCCCCUGUCAUGUCAUGUUAGACAAGAGAAGAUGCCGUUGAUGUGGGCAAUGAGAGGCGGCUGCAGCCUGUCAUGCCAUUAUUUCGGUAUAUAGACUCGAAUAUGUUACAAAUGAGGAUCACUUCGAGUAGCAUGAUUUGAAGAGGUGCUCUUUAUGGAAGAUUUGGUGGCCCGACUGCUGAGUGUCCUUCAUUUGGUCAUCGGAAACGGGUUGAGGUUGAGGUUGAGGUUGAGUUUCGAGGAGGGAAGUUGGUGAUGUUAUUAUGAAAAUGAAAAUGGGGGAUUGGAAUUACCUUAGUUCACUAAUCACGGAAGUCCUUUCCGGGAAAUCGUUUUGCCGAAUCAGUUUUAUCAGACAUCUUAGCUAAUAUUAGAGUAAUACACGCAACGUGACAUGGC